GUUAGCAAGACGGUGUUGCGUUGCAUACAAUACGAUUAGCUCUUUCGUUUCUAAAAAGGCAAAUAAAACUGUUUAUUCAUGUUGGUAUCAUCUCGCCUUGGUGCGCGUUCAAGGUCGUCAUUCUCCUGCUAGCUGCUCACUGAGCACGAUUCAGCUCCACUUUUCAAGUGUCAGCGUUUUCGCGUAAAAAUGUGCAAAGUGCAAAUGCUGAGAGCUCUGCUUAAUCAGCGACUAAGUGCGGCCGUCGAAGAGGUUGUGGUGGUGUUUGAAAGAACCAUAGCGGAGUACGAGGAGGAGCUUUGUCGGACCAAAGAGGAGAACGCGAGACAACGGCAACUAUUGGAUGCUGUUUUUAAAAAGCCCAGAGCUGAAUUGCACGUACAAGACGACGGUGAGGAAGAUCUUCAUCUGGAGCAGCGGGAGCGCAGCAGCCAAGUGGAGCAGGAAGAACGAGAACCCCCUUACAUUAAAGUAGAAGAGGACAGAGUUCAUCUUCAAGAACCGGACUUAUCUGUGUACCGCAUCAUCGUGAAAAGUGAAGACGAUGAUGACAAAUAUCAGCGCCAGGAGACCCGAGAAGUGGCACGUCCCAGCGGCAGCUCUGUUCACCGCGGAAGUCGUGUAGCUCCGCUGUCAGAUAGUGCUGAUACCAUGUCUGACACGGAUGACGAACCCUCCAAAAGUGAUGCGAUGUGCCACGCUGAUGACAAACAUGUGAAAUGUUCUCAAUGUGACAAAACAUUCGGAAACAACCGGAAUCUUAAACGCCACAUGAGGUGUCACACAGGAGAGAAACCUUUCCUCUGUUCGCAUUGUGGGAAAAGAUUUUCUCGCAAGGAUUACUUGAUAACACACACCAGAAAACACACAGGAGAAAAACCCUUUUCCUGCUCUGUCUGCAACUCCAGUUUUACCUUUCAGUCGGCGUUAUUUCAACACAUGGAAACGCACUUUGGGGAGAAGCCGCAAUGCCCACAGUGUGACAAAACCUUUGGCAACAAGCGAAAUCUCAUACGACACAUGCGGCGUCACACAGGGGAAAAGCCGUGCGUCUGCUCCUUCUGCGGUGAACGAUUUUCCCUGAAGAGAAGUUUGAUACGACACAUUAGGACACACAUUGGAGAAAAAACCUUCUCCUGUUCCAUCUGCAACACGAGUUUCUGCUAUCAGUCUGGUUUAAGUAAGCACAUGAAAAAACACGCCGGUGAGAGUGCCCCGCUCAAGUGCGUGUGAUUCAUUCUGAACAACACCAAAGUGGAAACGCAAAACACUAAAUUAAAAACGGCGCAUGUGUCAAUAUUCAUAUUCUACAGUGCCUUGCAAAACUAUUCGGCCCCCUUGAACCUUUCAACCUUUCGCCACAUUUCAGGCUUCAAACA